AGGCUCUGUUAUCCCGGAAGUAAAUAGUCUGUAGUUCAGUGUCCACUUGUGCUUCAUCUUACACAUCAUCUAGUUGUGUCAUAUGUUGCCACUUCCUUAUGUCGUGAAAUGAAAAUGGGACCAUUGUCAAACAGCACGGUAAGAGGCUCAGUUUCAUGUGAUCCAAUGUGGUACAAAAAUAACCACAAUAUUUAAUCUGAAUUUAAGAAAGCGGUUAGCCCGGAGGCUAGCUUUAGCUAAGUAACCUUAGCACACAGGGUGCAUAUGUGCUUCCGUAUUGGCAAACAUACUUACAGCUGUUUGUUAUCAAUGCAUACUAUUAGAUUUCUCUGUGUUAACCCGUUUAUUUCAAUGGUUUGGUGUUAUAAAAGUUCACAAGGUAACGUGUACAUGUAUUGUGAAUCAUGACAGGACUCAUGGGUAUGUAUAUUUUCUUUUUGUUCGUGUUUUCUCCCCUCAGGUACAAAGAGAUGUUAUCAAACCAGUAGUCAGCUCACCAGGACCUCAGGUUUGACCUCCCGGGGAUGCAGCAGCUCAUCACACCAUGUUGCUGACCGCUUAUUUUGCCAUUGUUUUCCUACUCGUCCUGUGUGGUUGCCUGGAGCUGACCGCCCGACGCCUCACGCCGCCUCCGGCUACUCCCUCCGCUGUAGCCAACCCAGCUUUCCGUCACUUCCAGAGUAUAUUCCUUCGGGCGUAUUUGUUGGCUCUGUGGUCAGACUGGCUCCAGGGUCCUUACCUGUACAAACUCUACCGCCACUACAGCUUCCUGGAAUCCCAAAUAGCCAUUCUAUAUGUGUGUGGUCUGGCCUCCUGUGUUCUGUUUGCUCCUUUUUCAGGCUGGCUCCCUCAACUCUUAGGCCGCAGGAGGACGUGCCUCCUCUUCUGCUUGGCCUACUCUGCUUGUUGUCUCACAAAGCUGUCUAGAGACUACUUUGUUUUAAUUGUGGGUCGGAUCCUGGGGGGUCUGUCUACAUCCUUACUGUCUACAACAUUUGAAGCCUGGUACGUGCAUCGACAUGUAGAAGUCCACGAUUUCCCUAAAGAGUGGAUCCCAAGCACCUUCAACAGAGCUGCUACCUGGAACCAUGGGCUUGCUGUGGGAGCAGGGCUGGUGGCGAACUUGCUAGCUGAGUGGCUACACCUGGGGCCGGUGGCUCCUUUUCUCCUGGCUGUUCCCUGUCUGGUGUGCUGUGGCUGGUUGGUGUUCUCAGACUGGGGCAAGGAAGAAGCAGAAGGUACUCCUGAAGGUGACAAACAAACGUUGCUUCUUGGUUCUGCAAAGGGAGGUGGGGCACGUUUGUCUGCGAGGGCCCGCUUUUCUCGUGGCUGCCAUGAUGGUCUGCGCUGUCUGCUGUCUGACAAGAGAGUCAUGCUCUUGGGUGGCGUGCAGGCUUUGUUUGAAAGUGUCCUGUAUAUUUUCGUUUUCCUUUGGACCCCAGUACUAGACCCUCAUGGGCCUCCUUUGGGAAUAGUUUUCUCCUGCCUGAUGGCUGCCAGCAUGGCCGGCUCCCUGCUGUACCGUCUAGCAACAUCCACCCGCUAUCGUCUACAACCUGGCCAUGUUCUCUGCUUGGCAGUGCUGAUGGCCUUCUUCUCCUUCUUCAUGCUGACCUUCUCCACCGCCCCAGGCCAGCCAAGACCCCAUGACUCCUUUCUGGCCUUCCUGCUACUGGAACUGGCCUGUGGUCUCUAUUUCCCUGCUGUCAGCUUUCUCCAGGGCAGGGUCAUCCCGGAGGAAAAGCGAGCUGGUGUACUGGCCUGGUUCCGACUGCCUCUGCAUCUGCUGGCCUGCCUGGGACUGCUUGCUCUGCAUGGGGAGGUUUCAGGAACAGGUGGAGGAGAAGGUGGCAGUGGCACCAGGCACAUGUUUGGGGGCUGUGCAGUUAUGAUGCUGGCUGCUUUGAUGGCUGUAGUCAGCCUGUUCACACUGGGAAGGAAUGACACUGAGCUAAGGCUGGAGGGAACCAGAGGGGAGGGGGACAUGUACUAAUGUGGUAGACUAUAUAAUCAUUGGUGCCUCCCUGGUUUCAGAUGUAUUAUGCCUGUGUUUUGUGUCUGAAAGGAGAACCAAUGUGUUGUCUACCUUGGGCAAAAUGCACUAAGGGUUGGAAAUCCAAGUCCAAAGGGGUUGUUUCAAGUGAUUUUAUUGCAUUUCAAUAUGUUUGCCUUGUUACUUAUAUCUAUGUUCUUGGGGUUGAGUUCUUAUCUCAUCAGAUAGACAGUGGAAAGCUUUGUGAACAUGCUCACAUGUUUUUUUCUGUCAGGUAAAUCUGAUAGCUUUGUCACUCACGCUCCAAAUCCCUCUAUCAUUCCAUCACUUUUACAAAUGACUUGUUUUAGCCUGUUGUGUCAAUAAGGAGAUGGGAUGGUUAGUUUGCCAAGAUUUUUUUAAACAUUUCUUCUGUAUGAAUCUUUAUGUUGGUCAUGUACUUGUCAGAUUUUGCUUCAUAAAGCAGAUGUAAGGAGCUGUGUGUUAUAAAGAGCUGAAUGAAUAUCCAAAGACAUGAGGUCAUGACCAACAUGUAGACCAUUACUGGAAAAAAAGGAGCUCUCACAGUUAGUUUCACUUUUUUCUUCCAGAAUGUGUCAUAUUUUAAUAAAAAGAGCAAUCAUUGGGUCAGUUUUACUUUAAUCACUUUUCUUAUACACCAUCUGUAAAGUAUUGUCUUAACAUUUCUGUUCUUUUGCAUUUUCAAACAAAAGUGUGCAGGUAUAUUCUCAGCAUAAUUUUAUUUUUUAUUGUUGCUAUUAAUUUUUUUCACCAUGGGGUAGCUACUGAAACUUUGUUGUAACUGCUUCUCUCAGGCAAAUGUAUUUUAGUAAAUUCUGCCAAGUAACCUCAUUUU